AUGUCUCGUGCUGAGAAGAGGGCCAAUUUACGGUUAGACUUUGGUACCAGUGGUGGAAGAUCGCGUAAGCCUGGUCAGCGAGAUGACAACUCGAACCCUGAAACCACUGAAAACUACAAGGUUAAAUUCUGCAAGGCUCCAAGAGAGUUCUAUAAUGGUCCUGACGAGCGCACUGCCUUGGGUCAGGAGUAUGCUGCUCUUAAUGCUGUUACUUCUGAUGAAGAAGACGAUCAGAAUGAGGCAUCUGACCCUAACAGGAUCAAGACCCGGUAUCCCCCUAGGAGGGAUGGUCAUAGGUAUGAUCCCAAGUGGCAUGGGGAUAUCCCUGAGCCCUACUCACCCAAGCCUCGGACUGCCUCUAUUAUCGAGGCUGAUACAUCCUCUCCUCAUGCCAUUACCUCUGAUAGGGAGGAAGAGGUAGCAGUAGCAGCUCCGAGAUCUGAUGAGGAGGAGGAGGAUGACCUCAUGGAACGAGGGAAAAGGGUUCUGACUAUUGAGGCGGCACGGAUAGUGGAUAUAGACCCAGAGGGGUUGGGACGUGUUGGUGGUGUUCUCUUCAAGAAUAAGAAUACAGAGUUGAUGAAGGUAUGCAGGGAAGCUCUUGGUGAUACCAACUUACGCGAUCUUAAGGAUGCAGCGAUGGAGAUGCGGAAUGAACGGACUGAUGAGGCCUUGGACUAUUUCGUGGAGACAGCUGCUGAGGUAUUCAGUCAAGCUGAGGGUGGUAUGCAGAGAGGGGCACAGUUGUUCGCAGCAAUGGUGCUACUAUUACCGAUCAAGGCCCUCAGAGAGAGGCUGGUUGAGCAUAUGCAGGAGUACGCCGGUGAUGCUGUACUAGAAUCCGCUAGACUGGAGGAGAGACGUCAGGCCAGGAGUGUAUCUUCUGAGCCUCGUAGUACGGCCAGCAUCACUAGUAGAGGGUCCUCUCAGGCCCCUAAGGUGGUUCAAUUACCCGACACUGCAGUUCCCAUCCCUGAUGGUCUGCUUACUGGCCCCCAUAAACGACCUAGCUUCAUCAAAGCCCUGAUGGCAGUAUUAAAUACUGAUAUUGGCGAGGUGGAUGAGGCUAUACCUCCCAAGCAAUACGCGAAAUUGGUGGAGAGUGUGCAGCAGAUCGAUGGUAUACAGACGGAUACUCUAGCCGAGAUGAGGAAUCAGCUGCUAGCUGUUGUGGGGUCUAGGAAGGACCUGUCCUGGGCCAAUGCUGAGAUGGUUAUCGGACUGCGUCCUCUAGCCUUCCGUUUACUCACGCCUCGACCAACUGUGCCAACGAGUGGUGAUGAGGAGCUAGAAGAGGAAUAUGAGUAUCCUAGCCGGCGCCGAGAGGCAGAGGAGAAGCUACAGAAGGGCUGGGAUGAGUUUGUACAACAGGCUCGGCGAGUCUUCCACGAACGAUUCAACAUGCUGGAACUUUGCUACAUGUCAACGUACGUCCAUUUAGCGGCAGGUAGACUACAGAGUAGAGGUAUUGAGAGAGGGGUGGAUGACCGAUACUCCUAUCAGGAGUUCCCUCUACUGCCUGGCACCAGAAACGUACAACACACUCGGAAAGGAGGAGAAUACCCAACAUUGUCUGGUAUCCAUGCUCCCUCAAGUAGCUCAUCGUCCUCCAACACUAGACAGCAAGGUCUAUGGGCUACUCGGAACCCUGCUCGGUUGGUGGACCCUGAGGCAUUCCCUGAGCUCCCAAAGAUACAGCCCAAACCUAAGUCAUCGCAGUGGACGGCUGGUGGGAAGGCAAGGAAGGACAUAGAGAGGAUGAAGGGCCUCGAGAGGAGGUACCCAUUGCUGGUCCGACCCACCAAGGAUGGUCCCAAGCAGCAGUCCCAUGAGCCAAGGCUACCCGGUUGGGCAUGCCCUCAUUGUGAGCAACAUAAUGAGCCCCAGAGCGACACUUGUAGCAAGUGUGGCCUGAAGCUUUUGGUAAAGAAGGGAGGGCCUGUGGCAGGAGGUGGUGGUGGUAGCAAGGGGGGCAAGAGGAAGAAGGCGAAUGCAGCUGAUAAGGCCAUGGGUAGAUUCUGA